CGAUAUGGAUAAUAUGUCGCAUCAUGUAUAACGAAUCUUUGAAUUCGUUACGCACAUUAUAUGCCCGUUACGCGAGCAUCCACGCGAGAUAGCGCACGUAUGUGUUGCGGGAAAGAACUGCGUGUAGUGCAUUACGUGUUCGUUUAUCGCCGUGCGCGUUUGCGGCUCGUGAAACUACGCGUGCGUUUAAUUAAUUAUCGAACCGACGAUCGAAUCGGCGCGAACACACGGGGCAGAGUGAAAUUCUAUUAACCGGAUCUCUAAUUCGAUCGUCGAUAUAGUAACACGUUCAUCUUCGCCAAGUUGCCUCGUGUCAAUUCUUUCGUUGCUUCUUCGGCAAAGGCUAUAGAUAAUCGUGUAUCACAACUACUUAAGCGACGACAUGUCAACAAACGGCCCGGAAUUGACAGUCAGACGGCCGGUCUAUCAGCAGGAUGAGCUUAAUCACUUGUAUAAAUAUGUGAAGCCUAAGAGGAUUCUUAGUAAAGAAGUAUCGAGAAGAUGCAAGAAAAUAAAGCCAGUUGCGCUUUUAAAAAAAUCUAUACCUCUGAUCGACUGGAUUUCUUCAUACAACUGGAAGGACAAUAUAUUGGGAGAUAUUGUUGCUGGCAUUACCGUAGCUGUAAUGCAUGUUCCACAAGGUAUGGCUUACGCGAUCUUAGGCAAUGUACCGCCCAUUGUUGGUAUGUACAUGGCUUUCUUCCCAGUGUUGGUAUAUUUCCUCCUCGGCACGUCCAGACAUAACUCGAUGGGUACGUUCGCGCUUGUAUGUAUGAUGACAGGAAAAGUUGUUACCACAUAUAGUUCUGCAGCAGUUUCAAUGAAUAAUACGUCAGUCGAGAAUGGUAUUUUAAUUUCCAACAUAAGCCGUCAAUAUUCACCGAUAGAGGUUGCGACCGCAGUCACAUUCACAGUUGCUAUCAUACAGUUAGGAAUGUACGUGUUACGUUUGGGAGUAAUAUCGUCUCUCCUCGCGGACAGUCUCGUGAGUGGAUUCACGACUGCAGCGGCGAUGCACGUAUUUACAUCACAAAUAAAAGAUCUCCUCGGGCUGAAUAAGCUACCGCGCCGCGGGGGUGCGUUCAAGCUCAUUCUUACUUAUGUAGAUAUUUUUAACAAUUUGGACAAUGUCAAUAUAACUGCUGUGAUAUUGUCCAGUAUCACUAUUAUGGCGCUUAUAUUCAACAACGAAAUUCUCAAGCCAAAGGUGGCCAAGUUUUGUCCCUUCCCGGUACCAAUAGAAAUGCUUGCAGUAGUAAUCGGUACUUUGGUAUCGAUGCAAAUGAAUCUCUCUGAUACUUACAACGUGUUAACGGUCGGCAACAUACCAGUAGGAUUGCCAAUUCCGUCAGUGCCGCCACUAUCUCUUAUACCCAACAUUCUAGUGGACAGCUUCGUGAUUACUAUGGUCGCUUACACAAUAUCGAUGUCAAUGGCACUGAUUUUCGCGCAGAAGAUAGGCUAUGAGGUCGACUCUAAUCAAGAAUUGAUAGCGCAGGGUUUAGGAAACUUGAUAGGCUCUUUUUUCUCCUGUAUGCCCAUUACGGCUUCUUUAUCUAGGUCGUUGAUUCAGCAGACUGUAGGCGGACACACGCAGCUAGCGAGUUUGAUAUCAUGUGGGCUCUUGGUCAGCGUAUUACUGUGGAUUGGCCCAUUCUUUCAACCUUUGCCACGAUGUGUUCUAGCGAGCAUAAUUGUGGUGGCACUGAAAGGGAUGUUGAUGAAAGUCACCGAUUUCAUGAAAUUCUGGAGAUUAGACAAAAUAGAUGCCGGUAUUUGGGCCGUUACUUUUAUAAUUGUCAUACUUUUCGACGUCGAGUACGGGUUAUUCAUCGGCGUGCUUCUCUGCAUUGGAAGGUUACUCGUUCUCGCUAUGCGACCUUACACAUGCAAGCUUGCUCUUGUACCCGAUACUGAGCUUUACUUAGACGCUAAAAGAUACAAAGGGACAGUAGAAAUUCCUGGCAUUAAGAUUUUCCGCUACUCUGGCAGCUUAAAUUUUGCGUGUAGGCAAUACUUUCGUGAAGAAAUAUACAAGAUCGCAGAGUUAAUGCCCCAAAAAGAACUAUAUAGGCGAUUGAAAGCUGCGACUACUGGUUCCGUUGAAACGGAAGAAAUUAAAAAGCUGCGUGUUCUCAUAUUGGACUUCACCGCGUUGUCACAUGUCGACUUGGCAGGAGCGAAUGCAAUAAGAAACAUCAUUGAGGAAUAUUGCAGCAUAGAAGUAUCCGUUUAUAUAGCAGGUUGCUCCGGUCCCGUAUACGAGACUAUGAGAAAGUGCAACCUAACCAACGAAUACAACGAUAGCCCUUUCUUUGCCAUGUUUCCCACCGUUGCUGAUGCUGUACAUUUUGCACGAUCCCACAGCGAAGUGCCGUCGACGCCCGCUACAUGGAGUACUCGCGUCUACGACGAAAACUAUAUCAGUAGACUCUGAAAAUUGCAUAAUGCAAAAGUCUUAGCGAAAUAGUAUUUUCUUGCGCGCAACUAAACUAUUUAACAAUACUAUUUGUCGAACACAUUAUUGCACAGUGAAUCGAAGUCUUAAAAUCAAUAUAAAUAUUGGUUAAAAA